CCCACCCUUUUCCUCGAUAAACCGUCGUCGGAAUACAAGCACUUUUUGCUUUUCAGAUUACCUCUCUCGUCUCUUAAAAAUAAUUAAUAAUCCGUUGACUUUUUGCAAGAUUGCGCCUUCAUCAGCUGUCGCUGGAAACCACGAUAACAGCAGGGGAACCAAUUUAAAAUCUAUUAACGAAGUUUAAAAAACUUCUGGAGGGUAUUUGUUCCAUUGUAUUCUCUCACUCAUCACUAGGCAGUGAAGUUUGAAUUACUAAUAACAUGUCCGGACGUGGAAAAGGUGGAAAAACGAAGGGAAAGGCGAAGACCAGGUCGAGCCGUGCAGGACUUCAAUUCCCGGUCGGAAGAAUCCACCGUCUUCUGAGGAAAGGCAACUACGCCGAGAGGGUCGGAGCCGGUGCACCCGUCUACUUGGCUGCCGUCAUGGAAUAUCUGGCCGCUGAAGUUCUCGAAUUGGCAGGCAACGCCGCACGUGACAACAAGAAGACCAGGAUCAUUCCUCGUCACCUUCAGUUGGCCAUCAGGAAUGACGAAGAGUUGAACAAACUUCUCUCUGGAGUCACUAUCGCCCAGGGUGGUGUCCUUCCCAACAUCCAAGCCGUCCUUCUCCCAAAGAAGACCGAGAACAGCGCUUAAAUUCUCUCUUAGCCACCUUUUUCAACGGCCCUUUUCAGGGCUACCGAACAUAUCACUAAAUAUAUUAAUUAAUUAUAGAUUA